AUGGCUCCAAUGCGGUCUGGUGCACAGGGACUGUGCUGUGUGACACUGAUUGUUUGGCUGUGUUGUGGAGCUCAUACUGAGGCCUCUGCGCUCAACCUGAAACGCUUCAUCGGCUGCGCAGUCAGAGAGUUUACCUUUCUGGCCCGUAAGCCGGGAUGCGGCGGGCUGCACAUCACCACCGAUGCCUGCUGGGGACGCUGCGAGACCUGGGAAAAGCCUGUCCUGGACCCGCCCUUCAUCGAGUCACAUCAGCGCGUCUGCACUUAUAACGAAACUCGGCUGGAGACGGUACGACUGCCGAACUGCUCAGCAGACGUGGACCCGUCCUACACCUACCCCGUGGCCCUCCGCUGCGACUGUGGGGUUUGUCUCACUAGCACCACUGAAUGCAUCACUUCGGUCUGA